AGAGUGGCCUGAGCUCCAAUGUUUAGAAGCCAAAGAGCAAUAACUUGAUAUGUUGGAGUGUUUCAUGCUAUAAAUCUACUAAAAUACCUUCACAUCGAAGGCGAAAAAGCACUCGAUUGUCGAUAAAGUCGCAGAAGAUCGCACCUCGGGACCUCACGUAUGUAUAUAGGUACAUCGUAUGACUUCAGACACAUAAAACAUCCAAGACGAUGGAAAGAUCUGAAAAGCAUGGGGGGAAGCUUCUUUCCAUCAUUAGCAAACUUGCCGAGCGGACAGGCCCUCUUGAUGAAUUUGAUAAAGAAGAAGAUGGAGGAAGAAGUGGUGAACCAAUUUCUGAGAGCUCUACAAGUGUAUCAACUAGCAUAAUUGACGAGUUAACAAAUGACCAAGGUGUAUGCGAUGUCACCAACAUCCAUGUUGUCACAGUUGAUCUUCCUGGCAGUUCUACCUCAACUCUGGAUACCCUCUCAAAACAUACCCUAACUACCAACACUUCAAUAAACAAACAAACAAAGCGUUCAUCACGGAAAAGGAGAGAUGUCGACUUGUCUAAUUACAUCACUACAAUAAAUAAACAAAGGACGAAGUAUUCAACAAUACUGAAGAAAAAGACAAUUACAUUGUCCAAUAGUAGCACUAGUAGGUUGAAGUUACAGCAGGGAAAGCAUUCAGUAUUGAAGAAGAUUGUUGAUUUCUCGUCUAACAGUGCCAGUUUAAGGAAGCAAGCAAAGAGUUUGACAGCCAACAAGAAGCCUAUCUCUACCACUAGCACUAAAGUAAACAAGCAACUAACAGGGAAUGUUUCGUGGAAAGAGAAGAGCGUUAAUUUGUCCACAAAAACUCAAAAUAAAAUUCAAGAGAGCGAUGAUACUCUAACACUCCGCAAAUUGGUAGAGCCGGCUCUUCAACAUUCAGAAAGCAGAAUUACAGCUGUUUCAUGCAAAGAAAAAACUGUUAAUUUGUCCACAAAAACUCAAAGUCAAAUUCAUAAGACCAAUAAUACUGUAUUACUUAGCAAAUUUAUGGACCCAUCUGUUCACAAUUUAGGAAGCAGGGUCACGGCUCGAAGAGUAGUUCAAGAGUCGUCUUCCAGGACUACACCAAUACGGCAAGCAUUGCUCUCAGUGGGCAAGUCUGCACCAUUUGGCAGAUAUACUCCGUCUCUUUUCAGACCACUUCCAUUAGCAUUGGCCCCAUUCAACAUUACUGGAACAAAUUAUUCAAUAGCGCGACCAGUGGCCGUUUCAGGAUGUAGUAUGGCAACACCCUCAGCGGUGAGCAGCAAUACAGAGGUAACUAGUUUUGCUGGAAUUACUCAGACACAAGGAUCCAAUCAAGCCCAUGGAAUUGUUGAAACUGAAGGGACCCCUCAGACUGCUGGGCUAUCUAGUAUUGAAGGGAGUGCAGGAGAACACGCAAAAAAACAUCCUGAUUCUGGUGGUGCUCCUGCCGGUAUACUAGAUGAUGAAACUGCUGCUAGGGCGCUACCAUUACGGGAAGCGGUUAGUUUAUCACUCAUGCCAACUCCACCAGCAAAAAUUGCACCAAACAUUACCAGAACAGUUCCUCCUCACUUGGAACGGAAGCCUGUUAAGUGUGGCCGGUGUACUAAGUGGUAUAGGAAUGUUCAUUUGCUAAAAAGUCACAAGUGUGCUCCGGAAUGGUAUCAGCCAGUACCCCAAGCGUUGGUUACCCUAGCUGCAUCAUCAACGGAAUCAUCCCCAGAAAGAGUACUUCUGCAGUUGACUCCUGAAGUAGUUUCAAAGUUGAAGGAAGCGAGUGAUAUUGUAUUGUCACAAACAAAAGAAAAAAGCGCAGCGAACACAUCCCAGACUAAAACACUGAAUGAACAACAUGUCUUGCUAGCUAUCAAGGAACCAAUGUUAAGUGAAAAAGGAAGAGUCGCUGGACAGGGAAGUAAAGUGGUCAGUGACAGUAAAGUUGACGGUGAAGAGACAUCUAAGUCUGGAACAAUAAGUGAACAAGCGACAAGAGUAAUAAAGAUAUUGAAUAAGCAAGGUACAACAUCUAUCCAUUUUCUGAAAGACAACGAGAAAGGAACUAUGAACGGUAACAGGACAAGCACUGCAAUUACAAUAACACCGUCUGCAUCUGAGUCAGGUGUAUCCACCACUGCAGGAGCAUGUGCAACAGCUGCUUCUUCGGUGACCUCAUUUGUAAAAUUCAUAGUCCCAACUCAGGCAUUGGUGAUACCUAGGCAGGGGGUAUCUGCGGUGCAGCAAGGUAAACAGAUGGUAUCUUUGGGCAUGAAGGAUGAUAAGCCACUUCCAACACGAAGUAUUCCAUGCAAGCACUGUGACAAGAAGUUCUAUUGGCAAGUCCACCUUCGCUUCCAUGUGGAAAGAAAACACGCAAAUAGAAAUACUGAAGAAAGGACUACCACCAUGGACACACGGGAUGAAGAUCAAGUACAGAAGACACCAGAUCAGGAACAGGACAAACCAGUUGAAGACCAGAAGAAACCGGAUCGAGAACUGCACAAACACGACCAAGAACAGGACAAACAAGUUAAAGACGAGAACGAUUUCGAUCAAAAACAGGAGAAACCUCAUCAAAAACAUGACAAACCAGUUCAGGAGCAGCUCAAUUACAGCUCUACGGAUAAAAAGGAGGCUACACCAGAUCAUAAGGAAGCCAACUUAAAUGAAACCCGGAUAACAGUUAAACCGGGUCAGGAGCAGAAUGAAGCCAACCAAGAGUAUCACAAUCGAGGGUCCGAUCCACAAGAAAGCAUAUCAGAUCUAAAGCGGGACAAGCCAAAUGAAACGCGAAAAAAUUCCGACCAGGAACUGGGCAAAAUUGGUCAGAAACUGGGUCAAGAGAUGGUCAAACCUGUUCAAGGACACUCACUGGAUGAUAAAAAUACCAAACUGGAUCAAGCACGGACCAAACCGGAUCAAGGACAAGCCAAACCAGAUCAAGCAAAGACCGAACCGGAUCAAGGAAAAACCAAACCGGAUCAAAGACAAGACAAACCGGAUCAAGUACAGGCCAAAUCAAGGGACAAACCCGAUUCGGAACAGCCCCAACCAGACCAAGAACAAACUGACCCCAAACAUGAUGGACAAAAAGUAACAGAAAAAGAUACGAAUAUCCUAGGACAAGACGGGGAUGAUAAGACUAAAUCUAAUGUGCAGAUUGACGCAUCAAGUGUUGAUAAGCCGCAGCAAAACCCUGCGAAAGAGGAUCCCCGUGCCAAUGAGAACUAUUGUGAUCACUGCGAUAAGACAUUUGACCAGACGGAAGCCCUGAGGCUUCACGUUAAGAAGGCCGUUUGGGUGUUGAAGGGGAAGCUGAAGGAGGUGAAAGAGCGGGACAUAUCAUGUCCAAAAUGCGACAGAACGUUUACGGAAGAACGCCAUAUGAGGUGUCAUUUGUUCACCCACCAGGCACAGGCGGUGAAAUGUGAUGUGUGCCAAAAAAUGUGUCGCAAUGAAAAUGCGCUCAAGGUUCACAAAGGCCGAGAGCACAGUGUCCUAGAAUUCAUCUGUGAGCACUGCGGAAAGAAGCGUUUGUCUAAAAAAUCACUCGGCAACCACCUAAGAACUCACAGAGAAAAAAUCCAUAAAUGCGGCUUCUGCGAAAAGAGUUUCUUCUCUUCUAACCGGCUCCAGGCCCACCAGGCUGUUCAUACUGGAGAUAAGCCCUACAAAUGCAAGGAGUGCGGGAGGGGGUUUGUCCUGUGGAAAGAUCUUAGCAAUCAUGGCUUCGUCCACAAAACUGACAAACCUUAUAAGUGUGAUAUGUGCGACAAAUCAUACAAGAGACCAGACGCUCUGAGAGUCCACAAGAUAAGUCACUCUGAAGACAAACCGUUUAAGUGCGACACAUGUGGGAGGAAAUUCAACCAGAAAAUCUGCCUGACGCUUCACCUUCCCUGCAGAGAAGAGGAGAGACGCCAGAAACGGGAAGAAGCGCGUAAGAGACGAGAGGAGAAACUAGCGAAGAAGGAAUCGAGCAAAUCUAGUAAUAAAAGAAAGUCGAAGGAACAAAGUGGUAAUCCGUCUUUCAAAAGGAUUAAGUCCACAACCAAGGGAAGAGAGACGGAAGUUACAAAAGAUUUCCCAGUUGUGGAAUCCUCAGAUAAAUCUUGCAGUGAUAUGUCCAUAAAAAGAAGCAGAAAAUGCAAUAGUAGAAAGAUUGUUACUAAAGAUUCUGGGAAAGUGAAGGGUCAUGGAGUUUCAGAGGAAUCAUCCAAAAUGCCACCCAGUGAAUCGUCUAAAGGAGCAUCAAGUAGAACGCCAAGAAUACCAAAGUCAUCGAUCGACGAAGACCACUUAUCCAAAGAAACGGAAGUACCAGAUAAUGGCGGCAGAGAGACCAGAAGUAAACGCAGGGAGCAAAAUGCCCCUGAAGAAGAUAAGACCGUAAAGAGAACCUUACGAAAGAGAACUAGUGAACCGACAAAGCAAUAUGAGCCGAAAACAAAACAAACCCGUACCAGCAGGCGUGCUAAGUCACCAGCAGGAGCUGAAAAGAAGAACCUCCAAGCGGCCCAAGAAGACGGCCUUGCGGAACUCCGCAAAGAAGCUUUGUCCAUAGACCAUAAUAUAGCAGGAGACUCGUGCAAGGACGCCGAGGGUUCUAGUCCAGGUGUUUUUGAACAACUAGGCGUGUCUAGUGGUCUUAGGUCCAGAGGCUCACGAAUUCCUGGUACGGCGAAUCCAGAAGUCAGCAACCAAAACGUCCAGGAAUCUAAUGGCAGACAAACCCAUCAUCGGAGUGUUCCAGAAAGGGUCCCCCAAGACAAUUUGACUGGGACGUCACUUGAUUCAUACCUUCUUGACCCUAGCAACAUCAUCAGACGUUCAGAGCCUAGAAUAUACAGCACUAUCACACAAGGUUCGUCAUCCGUUGGAUAUUCCCCAUUGAAUACUAGGUUACCCGACCAGGCCUUUCAGCAUAUGACUGAGUGCUCAUCACGGCCUGGCAGCUCUUCGUAUUCUUUUACAACAAACAGGAAUCAUACACAGGGAAGGCACCCCUGUGCGCAGGGUCCCUUAUCUACAGGGCAAAUCCCAUUGAGCGUUAGCGUAACCAAUCAGAUGGCAAGCCCGGACUCGUGCAUGUACUCUUCCAAUGCAACACCCUAUAUGUCUUAUAACACUAACGCUUAUACCCAAGACAGACCUUUAAUGCCCCACAGUGGAACAGGACUUGCUCCAUGUGAUGAUUCAUUCCCAAGUAGCAACCAAGAGGAUCUUAGCAGCGUUUUGUUCUCUGCGAUGGAUCCUGAUAACAUCGCAAGUCUAGUGGAAAAUACAGACAUGUUCCUUUAGAGAUAAUCCCUCGAAGAUAUACAUAGUUACAUUUUGCCAUUCUAAGAAGUUGGGAUAGAUACUCAAAGUUCUUUCCAAAUAGGCAACUUGUUGAGUUUUUGAAGUGCUUAUUCGGUUAAGAUAACGUUUUUUAAAUAAAUAUUCAUGAUUGUCAAGAUACAGCUUUCAAGUAUCAUUAUAUCAUACCAAUGUAUCCAGUCACAAAAAAUAUGUGUAUAAAAAGGGAGUUCGUGUAAAA